AUGGGUCUCUGGCAAAGAAGAACUUUCAUCGUAGGUUUUUAUUUGGUCCAGGGCCUUGCAGUGCUUGUAGGCUGCUACAAAGCGCGGCUUUGGCCCUUUUUAACAGCACCUGUGGUGCUGGGAUACAGUUUUACAGCAUUAGGCUUAAUAACUUCGGAUUUUUUGACACCGAAUCUCUCAAUCAUAUCAAAAGAGCUACUACAUAUUUCUGAACGUGUUUCAGGAAUGACGCUACUAGCUUUAGGAAAUUCGGUGCCUGAUAUCACAAGCACUUACCAUUCGAUGAAAUCGGAUGCCACUCCGCUAGCACUGGGCGAACUUUUGGGUGCUAUUGUGUUUCUGCUUAGCGUCAUAGUAGGAAUAAUGCCUAUGGUGCGAACGAUCGAUUUCAGCAAUCUUAGUGCCGGUACAGAGGAAAACUCAGAUAACGCCCUUUUUUAUAGCAGACGCCGGUUUUUAAAGGAUCUUAUAAUGUUCGCCAUUAUGAUAGCAUUGGCGCUCUGUUUCCUAUGCGAUGGGAGGCUCAUGUUUUGGGAAUGUUUUCUUAUGGUUGUUGUUUAUCUGUGCUAUGUGCUCUAUCAAGUAGCUUUUGAGGGCGAUGAAAAUGGCACUUCGUUUUCAGACCAGGCUGCAACUAGUAUAGAGGACGAUAUAGAAUCCCAAGAGUUCCAGCCGGCGAGCACACCAUGUCCGCGGGAUCCAGCAAUAUUUUUGCAAGAGUUGGAGCUCCGCAAGGCUCAUCUGCGAGCCAAGAUCAAACACCAUCUAAGAUCUAGCUAUUCUAGCUGCAUGAAAAUGUCUUUGAAUGAAAUUCUAAACAUUUGGGAUAACAAAGAUAUCUUUGAACCUGAAGUUUCAAGCCCGCGUCUAACCAAGAGCACUUCGCACCAAGAAUUGAGGCCAAAAGUAGCGAUUAUUCAGCCGUCGCCUGUUGACGAUACGCCAAAUAAUCAUCAUGAGGAACGCUUUCCGUCUGACAUUCCUUGCUCAAGGAACGGUCAGGAUUUUCUUAAACCCCCGCUACGAGCAAGCUCAAGAUCUGUGAGUGCAGACUAUCUGCUGUACUUGGACAAUCGUAUUCAAAGCACCAAUAGCUCUUUUUUGGGAACAUCCUUGUCAACAGAGUGUUCCGAUUCUGACGACGAUGAACAAAUAUUAACAGAGCCCUUAAUUACGAAAGUUGUGUCCUUGGACAAACCCAUCAUACAAUCUGUAAUACUGCAAUGUUGGAACGAACAGAAAGUUGACGUUGGAUUCGUUGAGCUUUUUACUGUCUUGGCUGUUUCACCCGUUGUACUCGUUCUUCGAACCUUUAUUCCAAUAUGUUAUGACGUUGAGAAAAGAAAAAAGAGGCCACUGAAACUUGAAGCACUGCAAGUUUUCAUGGCACCACUAGCUAUCAACUACAUGAUGAUGGAAUCGCUGCAGAUAUGGGGCUUACUGACUUCAAUGUCAUUAACAGGAAUUUUGUGGUUUUUCAAUAGGAAAGCCUGGCAUGAUUUGGCCAUAAGAUGCGUUUGCGUCGUGGCAUUUCUUUUAUCACUUUUUACCAUCUCUUUUGUUGUCAAAAUUGUUGUUGGCGUCUUGGAAGAGUGUGCGCUUAUGCUUAAUAUUUCUCAGGCCAUGCUAGGACUUACUAUCUUUGCGUGGGGUAAUUCCAUUGGAGACUUAGCAACUACAAUAACUUUCACUAAAAUGGGCGUAUUAGACAUCGCGCUGGGUGCAUGCUUUGGGGGGCCAUUACUAUAUUUCCUGUUCGGAGUUGGAAUCGACGGCAUGCUCGUCAUGUUUUUUCGCAGGAAUGGCACAAGAGUUGAAGAAAAUUCAUUAUGGCUUGAAUCAAUCGAUUUUCAAGUGAAUUCGCUGCUCAUUAUAAGCUGCAUUGGUCUUUUGGCGAUCUUUGCCACAUAUAUGUUGCUCAUUCCAAUGAACAAUUGGCGGAUUGAUAAAAAAAUUGGUAUUGUGUUUUUGACUCUUUAUGGAAUUAUUACAACAGUGAACGUCUAUUUAGAAGCGACUUAA